AUGUCGUCGAAUCAUCACGAUAACGCCUUCCAAGAACGUAAGCGGAAACUUUCGGUAUGGGUGAAACGUAUUAUUCAACCCAACAAGGAAUCCUCUCACUUUGAGGCCACCACUACACACACACCAAUGCAUGCGAAAACCAGCGAAAGACGAAGGUCUCUGGAGCAAAGUCGAUCAUCUCACGUCAACGCAGAGCUACCGAGAACAAGGACAAAGAAUGCAACGACAGACGAUCCGAAACACGGGCACAGAAAACGGGUUCCGCAAACUGGCUCCGUGAUGUGGGAUAAAUCUGUAACAAAGGACUCCACGUCUGCUACGAACCAACAGCUACGGCUUGACUUUGAUCAAAUGCACGACAACGCCAGUACUGCGCCCUUAGUGUCACAUUGCUCGUCGUCAACGAAAUCUUCUGUUUUUUCGGAAGUGGCUUCACUACAGUCCACACGAGCCACCGUGCUGUCCAAUAAGACGCUCGACACGAACUCAAGCACUGUUGGAAUACCGCCGGCAAGCAUUUUAGACCGCACGCGCCAUACGACCAACAACCCGGGCGCUCCUUCCAUUUUUUCUCUUGCCACGACUCAUCAUACUUCCCAGGCCAACAGCAUGCGCCAGUUUUCUGUCUAG